AUGCUAAGAAUAUCAUCAACUGGAUCUAAGUUUUGCAAAGAUUAUAAUUAUUUCAAUCCUUAUUUUGAAAUUGUCAAGAUUAUAUACAAAUUCUUUGUUUUGCUUGUAACAUCAUUUGCAAAUUAUGCAAGCAGUUACAUCAUUGUUUGUCUCCCUGUGUUACAUCUUUUGAUGUUUAUCUUAACAUUUUUUAGGAAGCCUUAUCUUUCAUUCCUCAACAAUGUAGUUGAUUGCAUACUUUAUGCUAUUAACACGAUAGUCGGAAUCAUUACUUUUGUUAACAUUAUCAAGCCAUUACCAGAUAAAGUCAAUUCAUGGACUAUUAUCAUUUCAGAUGCAGCCGGUAUUCUUGCAACAAUCGUUACAAUAAUAGGUGGUUUGUUAUUUAAGAAUGAACCUAAUGAUCCGACAAGAUUCACAGAAUUAGAUUUACGUAGAUUUAAAGAGGAAGAAAAGGCAAGAAAGAAGAAACAGAAAGAAAAACAUUCAUAUACUUAUUCGGAAGAAAGUUAUGAUGAACAAAUGGAGGAAGAUGAUAACAAAGAUACUAAAACACCAAAUGAAAAUGCACAAAAGGAAGAACUAAUUGAAAUUCCAAAGGAAUUAAUUCAACCAGUUGAUGGAUCGCAUGAAGUAUUGGAUAAGGAUAUAAAUCAAGAUAGAAUUUACACAUGCUGA